UGCAGACAAUCAACCUUACAUGAAAAUUGCCGGUCGUCAGUGUUGUACCGAACAUGGCAAAAAAGUCACAUAUGGAAUUAUAUUAACUACAGUUAUAGCUACGGCAUGGGUAGGGACCGUACACUUGCUCAAAAUUACAUACACCACACAACCCAAUGUCAAAAAUGCUGUGAAAAACACCACAGAGAAUCAGAGAAUGACAACCGUGUCACCAUCUACAGGCACUAUCACAUACAGUGCUCCAUUUUUUACGACAUGGUUCUGCAGCAUGUGGAACUGCAUGUUUUUCCCAAUUUUCUUAAGUUUAAGACCCUGUUCUUCGUCUGAAAAGACCACAGUUAAAAAAAUUUUAAUAGAAAGCAUACAGAAUUUUCAAGAAAAGAAUUUUACUUUGCUUCAGUUUUUCGGUAGAUGUUGUCUUUUUAGCCUUCUUUGGGUCAUAUCAAAUUAUAUGAUUGUACAUUCUUUGAAAAUUUUGGGAACGACGGAAGUUAUGGCUUUAUUUUCUUCAAACGUUUGCUUUGUUUAUUUAUUAUCCUGGGUUAUUCUACACGAAAAAUUCGUAGGAAUUCGUAUCGUUGCGGUUAUAAUAUGCAACACAGGUAUAGCUCUAUUAGCAUAUAUGGAUGGUGCAUCCAGAUCCGUUACAUUAGGAGGAGUCGUUUUGGCAUCAGCAGCAGCUGCUGGAUCAGCUGUAUAUAAA